AUGGGUCGCAAGGAAGAGGAUGACAGCAGCUCCUGGAAGAAACAGACGAGCAACAUCCGAAAAACAUUCAUUUUCAUGGAGGCCCUGGGAUCAGGUGCCUUUUCGGAAGUUUUCCUAGUGAAGAAAAGAAGCACUGGCAAGCUCUUUGCUCUGAAAUGCAUCAAGAAGUCUCCUCUCACAAGGGACAGCAGCUUGGAGAAUGAAAUAGCAGUGCUGAAAAAAAUAAAGCAUGAAAACAUCGUGACUUUAGAAGAUAUUUAUGAGAGUACAACCCACUUCUACCUGGUCAUGCAGCUGGUAUCUGGGGGAGAGCUCUUUGACCGGAUUUUGGAACGAGGAGUUUACACCGAGAAAGAUGCAAGUGUGGUGAUCCACCAGGUCCUGACAGCGGUGAAGUACCUCCAUGAAAACGGGAUAGUUCACCGGGACUUGAAGCCUGAAAACCUUCUUUACCUCACUCCUGAAGAGAACUCCAAAAUCAUGAUCACGGACUUUGGCUUGUCUAAAAUGGAACAGAACGGCAUCAUGUCCACUGCCUGUGGGACUCCAGGAUACGUUGCCCCUGAAGUCCUUGCCCAGAAACCAUACAGCAAAGCCGUAGACUGCUGGUCCAUUGGAGUUAUCACCUAUAUCCUGCUGUGUGGGUAUCCUCCUUUCUAUGAAGAGACUGAAUCCAAACUGUUUGAAAAGAUUAAGGAAGGCUACUAUGAGUUUGAGUCUCCAUUUUGGGAUGAUAUCUCUGCAUCAGCCAAGGAUUUCAUCAGACAUUUACUGGAGAAGAACCCAAGCACAAGGUUUACGUGUGAGGAAGCCCUGCGGCACCCAUGGAUUAAUGGAAAUACAGCCCUUCACCGUGACAUAUACCCAUCUGUCAGUGCUCAGAUCCAGAAAAACUUUGCAAAGAGCAAAUGGAGGCAAGCCUUCAACGCCGCAGCUGUUGUGCACCACAUGAGGAAGCUCCACAUGAACGUUCAUGCGGCGGCUGAAAGCCCCCUCCCCAAUACACAAGCCUCAGAGCCAUCCAGACCCAGCACACCCAUGGCAGCCACCCGGCCAGCGACCCCAAACGAAGAGAAGGACACGUCAGUGCCUCCGGUCCCCUCGCAGGGCUGUGCAAACCCUCCCGCUCAGCUGGAGCAAGACACAAGAAUGAGAGAGGAAAAGCUGCAAAGGCACUCGGAAAACGGACCCACCAUCCAGCCCACCAGCAGCAGCCUGGUCCUGCCGGAUAACCACAGCCCACCAAGCAGAACUUCUUGUGGCUGCGGUCCAGCCUGCAUGGGGCACGAGAAAACAAAGACAUCUUUCUGCUCCGAGACAGUGCUGCUUAAAAAGUCUGCAAAAUCCCAUCAUUUCAAAUCAGAAGUUCUCGUUCCGAUGAAAACCAGUAAACACUCUUCUCACUGUGGCACUGGGCAAACUGGAGUUUGUUUGAUCAUGUGA